CAGCUUUCACGCCUCCGGGAAGGAACCAAUUCAAAUCAAGGACUUCCGGUCACUUGGUCAACAGGAGAUUCAAACAUGCGCCGCUCUGUAUUGCGGGCCGUUGAGUCCGCGAAGCCGCUUGCCCGCGUGCCUCGCUCGGCGGCGAGAAGCUUCGCGACUGCUAGCGAGGACGUUUCUAAGGAUCCCGCCGAGCUCGAGCAGAUCACAACCCUUCCAAAUGGCAUCCGUGUCGCUACUGAAUCCCUGCCAGGACCCUUCUCUGGUGUCGGAGUUUACGUCGACGCCGGGUCUCGUUACGAAGAUGACAGUCUACGAGGUGUGAGCCACAUUAUGGAUCGGUUGGCAUUCAAGUCGACCAAGUCGCAUACCAGCGAUCAGAUGCUCGAGACGCUCGAGAGCCUCGGAGGAAACAUCCAGUGUGCAUCUUCUCGCGAAUCCUUGAUGUACCAGUCUGCUAGCUUCAACUCGGCUGUCCCGACAACCCUGGGACUGUUGGCGGAAACUAUCCGGGACCCCCUUAUCACGGAGGAAGAAGUCGUUCAGCAGCUGGCUACCGCUGAAUACGAGAUUGGGGAGAUCUGGUCCAAGCCCGAGCUCAUCCUGCCCGAGUUGGUCCACACGGCGGCGUACAAGAAUAACACAUUGGGCAACCCUUUGCUUUGCCCGGAGGAGAGACUCGGUCAGAUAAACAAGGCGGUUGUCGAUAAGUACCGCGAGACUUUCUUCAACCCCGAACGCAUGGUUGUUGCCUUUGCUGGAGUGCCGCACGACACGGCGGUUAAGCUCACGGAGCAAUACUUCGGUAGCAUGAAGACACACAAGCAGGCCGACGGUCCUGCUCUUACGGGCGCUGGCGUCGAGACUACCUUGUCCGGCUCCAAGUCGGCUGCUGAGGAGGGCCAGGUGCCUGCAGUUCCCCAGUUCACGCCGUCAUCGACCAUCUCCACCCCGGCUUCCGGUGGCCUCUUUUCGAAAUUCCGCCUUUUUUCCGGCCAAAAAUCGGAAGACGCUACCACAUCGCGCGACCCGUCCUUGGGACAGUCCUCGACUUUGGAUCUGAACCGACCCUCCCACUACACUGGUGGCUUCCUGUCCCUUCCUCCUAUUCCCCCUCCCGCAAACCCUAUGCUGCCUCGACUGAGUCAUAUCCACCUUGCCUUUGAGGCCCUUCCCAUCUCCAACCCCGACAUCUACGCCUUGGCCACCCUCCAGACCCUGCUGGGAGGAGGCGGGUCUUUCUCCGCCGGUGGUCCCGGUAAGGGGAUGUACUCGCGUCUGUACACCAACGUACUGAACCAGCACGGAUGGGUUGAGAGCUGCAUUGCGUUCAACCACAGCUACACGGACAGCGGAAUCUUCGGAAUCUCUGCUUCCUGCAGCCCCACCCGGACGACCGAGAUGCUGGAGGUCAUGUGCCGGGAGUUCCAGGCUCUGACCCUCGACACGGGAUACCUGGCUCUGCAGCCCGCGGAGGUCAACCGCGCGAAGAACCAGCUUCGCUCCUCGCUCCUCAUGAACCUGGAGUCGCGUAUGGUGGAGUUGGAGGAUCUAGGCCGCCAGGUCCAGGUCCAUGGCCGUAAGGUUGGUGUUAAGGAGAUGUGCGCGCACAUUGAGGCCUUGACCGUGGAGGACCUGCGCCGCGUUGCCAGACAGGUCUUCGGUGGUCUUGUCAAGAACAAGGGAUGCGGCACUGGUAAGCCCACCGUUGUGUUGCAGGAGGGCGAGCUAGAGGGCUACAAGCUCCGUCCUUUCCCCUGGGAGGAGAUCCAGGAGCGCAUCGCUCGGUGGAAGCUGGGAAGAAGGUAAAUCCAGCAUUGAGCUGGAGGAUUGAUGCAGAAAUGAAAGGGGCAACGGUGUAAGACCAUUGCUUGUGUUCUAUGUGAUGGGACAGAGAGGGACGGACGGGCUCCCAUUUUCUUCACUCCAUGUAAUUAGAGAUAGCCUUAAACUACCUUGUACAAUAUAG